CAUGAUAUAUCAUACUUUCCUUUAUAAUAUACUUGGAUAAUCCAGUUCACCUUCAGGAAUCUAACUCUCUUUAAGUCGUGAUGCACACUCUAUCUCUUUUUCUGGCGUACCUGGGCGUUGUCGGGGCAACACCGUUUACACUCCUUUCGAAGCGACGGCUCGAGGACCAUCAAUGGACACGUAACGAGAAAGACGGCUGCCCAGCCUAUCUAGAAGCCGGCGAGUUUGAAUCCCCAAGCUACAUAACGCAGGUUUCAAAAUGCCAACCUGACAGAGCUUUCGGGCCGCAAUCAAUCGGUCGUAUCACGCCUAACGACGUCUCGUCAAUCUUCAACUUUGACAUACCGGCGUCCCGCGCCGACGCCAAUUGCACGCUCGAGUUCCUCUUCCCCCGCCAGAAGCAGCUCACCAACUCGUACUAUAAAUAUCACGGCGGCGGCUCCUUUCUGUUCACGGGGUAUCUGGCCGGUAGUUGCCCAGGCCCCCAGACUACAUACAAUAACCAGCCGACAGCUGGUACCUUUCCUCCGUUCCCUCCCAUCCACAUGGAGCCGGGCUACGCGUAUACAAUCGAUGUUGGGCCCUGCAUGUUCGCGGCAGGGACGUGUGUGGCUGGUUUGACUUCAUCUAAUGACACUACUUUCGAAUUUCUUCCAAGUGCCGACGACUGCCCCAUUGGUGUCUACAAUGCGUAUAGCUACGGAUUACCCUGUCCACCAGAGUACUGCGGAUAGUCGUACAAGUCGGGCUAUGCAGGGUACUUGGGGUAUAAUUCGGUGAUUCCGUUUGGAAGUGGACAGCGAGCAUUGCGGCGAUGCAGUGACCAAAUCCAUUAGUAAGACAAAACAAGAAGGAUAGUUCCGGAUGUCUGAGAUAUCUGCAUGUGAAAGGGUCGCGGAGUUGUGAUGAGGCACAGUCUUGGCAUCCCUGAUGUUGAAAACUCCGAGGGAUUUAAUACUGCGUUGUUGAGAACAAUUGGCCAUUGAUAUCGCCUAAGUUAUAUCAG